CUAAACAUACCAAAAUUAUUCAGUUCCAGUCUGCCUCUGAAACAAACAGCAUCUAAUUCUGUCGUUCUCGUCGUUUGCGUUGUCGACCAUAAAGUUGCGGUUUCAUUAUCAUUUGCUUUUGAUACUGAUUUUGCUGGUCAGUUGCAAGAAUUUAAAAAAGAUGAAGUCUUUUGUACUCGUCCCUGAGAAUAGUGAUUUUCCAAUCCAGAAUCUUCCUUAUGGCAUUUUUUCCACUCAAGAAGAUUCUCGACACCGCCUGGGAGUCGCCAUCGGAGAACAUGUUUUAGAUCUUGGAGCCGUGAAAAGUUUGUAUCCCGUGCAGUAUCAUGAUGCUCUGACUGCUACCGUUCUGAAUCCAUUCAUGUCGCUUGGUUACGAAGCAUGGGGUGAAGUACGUCGUAUUACCCAAAAUCUUCUUUUGGAGGGUUCCGAACUUCACAAGAAUACGAAUCUGCAGAAAACUGCGCUAGUUCCGCAGUCCUCUGUUCAAAUGCAUCUACCAGCUAGCAUUGGAGAUUACACCGACUUUUACUCAUCGAUCCACCAUGCCACUAAUGUUGGCAUCAUGUUCCGUGGCAAAGAUAACGCUCUGAUGCCAAACUGGAAGCAUAUACCCGUGGGAUAUCACGGUCGUGCCAGUUCGGUGGUUGUAUCCGGGACACCAAUCCGUAGACCACUUGGUCAGACUUUACCAGUCGAAGGAGCGGAUCCGGUCUUUGGACCAUGCCGUUUGUUUGACUUUGAACUGGAAAUGGCAUUCUUUGUCGGUGGACCACCAACUGAACUCGGAGAACGCGUCUCAACCGAAGAAGCUGCCAAACGCGUUUUUGGAUUCGUCGUCAUGAACGAUUGGAGCGCUAGGGACAUUCAGAAAUGGGAAUACGUGCCAUUAGGGCCAUUUACGGCGAAAAAUCUUGGAACAUCAAUUUCACCGUGGGUCGUACCCGUCGCGGCUCUGGAACCUUUUAAAGUGGAAAAUUUCUCUCAGGAACCGAAACCCUUCCCAUACCUGAGACAUGAGCAAAAAUUCAAUUUCGACAUCAAACUGGAAGUGGACAUCAAACCCCCUAAAGGUGCCUCGACAACAGUUUGCCGUUCCAACUAUAAAAACCUGUAUUGGACAGCGUUGCAACAAAUCGCACAUCACACUGUUACCGGGUGCAACCUCAAGCCGGGAGAUUUAAUGGCAUCAGGCACAAUCAGUGGUGAUGCGUCGGAUUCGUUCGGAUCGAUGUUGGAGCUGAGCUGGAAAGGUACCAAGCAGGUACAGCUACUGGGCGGUGAAAGUCGAAAAUUUUUGCAAGACAAUGACGAAGUCGUUAUCCGCGGUUACUGUCAGAACGAUGAAGUGAGAAUUGGCUUUGGAUCGUGCAGUGGAGUCGUACUGCCAGCCAAGCCAUUCGAGUAAAUUAGUGUUCAAAGCUGAUGAUACGUGAAAUGCAUUGUUACCAUUGUUAUCUCAGCACGCAGAUCACGGCUGAAAAUCACUUUAAUAAAGUUAAAAA